AUGGAUUCGUUGGACGACCUCCUUAAGAUCGCAAACCCGGUUCGCGCGUAUGCCCUGAAAAACUUCAGCGUUACUGCUCAUCCAGACGAGGUGCUCCAAAUCCCCUCGCGGGAAGAAGGGCGGUUCAUUCGAAUUCAUGCUUAUAACACGCUCAGCAAGGAUGCUCCAGCCCCAGCCCUCAUCAACUUCCAUGGCAGUGGAUUCGUGAACCCUCUGCAUGGGAGUGACGAUGAGUUUUGCAGAACUAUUGUCGAGAAAACGGGAUUAGUGGUUCUGGACUGCGCCUAUCGACUCGCACCGGAAAACAAAUUUCCUGCUGCAAUCCACGACGCCGAAGAUGCGGUUCGUUGGGUUCUUUCGCACCCCGAAAAGUUCGAUACUUCCCAGCUAUCAAUUUCUGGCUUCAGUGCUGGAGGAAUCUUGUCUCUGGUUCUCAGCUCGAUGAUCUUUACACAAGGAACAUUCAAAAAUGUGCUCGCGGCCUAUCCUCCAACAGACAUGGUCCAAAGUUCCGCAGACAAGAUUGCCCCCGAUACAUCGAGAGAUGGUGCUCCCGUCGAGCUGUUGGACGCAUUCGUGCGAUGUUAUUAUCAAAAUCCCGAAGAUGUGAAGAGUGUGCUUGCUUCACCAGCCUUCAUACCAGUUGAAAAGUUCUCGGAUAGGAUUUUUCUCGUUACUGCGGCUUGUGAUCGCCUCUGUCUCGAAGCAGAGGCACUUGGAAAUAGGAUCAAAGAUGCGACGACCAAAAAUAUCAAGAUGCAUCGGUAUGACGGCUGUGAACACGCAUUUGACAAAGCGUAUGAGAAAGGAUCUGUCCAGGAAAGAGCGAAAAAUGACCUCUACGAAAAGGCGGCCUUGUUCUUGACAGAGUGA